GGUGCUCACACCAUGCGCAAGCGCCUCACAUGUUCGCGCUGGAGGGCCGACCGCCUCUUCCGGCCGGUAGGUACCCUUGCUGCGGCGAGCGGGCCUACAAGUUUGAGACCAUCUCCAGAAACACUGGCUGUCAGUUCCGCGAGCACGCGCCAGACGAGCGCCUGGCGGCGGACGCGGCCGUGAUGGAGAUGUACCUCAAGUUCCGGGACAUCAUCGGAAUGCGCCCGCCACAGCUCAUGUUCCCCGAAAGGCUCACCCGACUCGUCGCUAGAGAGCCAGGCGAAGAUAGUAACGGUCGUCUCCAGUGUAAAGAAGUGUUUUGGUGGGAAGGAAUUCAGCUGCUGCCGCCUCGGCCUGCGUUGGGCAUGCUCGGCAAGAUCUACACCAGCAACGUUAAAUUCAACCCGAGUGCACGGCCCGGGUCGCCGACGCUACAGCCGGCCCUGCGGACCUCGACGCAGUCGCUGGCCGGCAACUGUCCUCUGGCCACCAUGCACACCUCGGAGGUGUCCACCCUGCCGCAUCCCAAAACCCAGAGCAGCGAAAGUUCUAGCAAGAAAGGCGCCAUCGGCGGCGGAGACUCGGCAGGCGACUGCGGCGACGAGCAGUCCAGCUCGUCGGACGACAGCGAGCAGAGCUCGGCCAGCGAGAGGAGCGAGGAGGACGCGCCGAGGCGGCGGGUCGUGCCCAGGCCCACGCCCCAGGUCACUAGGACCAAAAGCAGCAAGCACUCGCGGCGGUUGUCGGGCCGGCAGUGGGUGUCGUCGCUGUCGCUGCGCAGCAACCAGGACACGCAGCGGCGCUUCGAGGAACGCGCGGCGCGCCAGAUGCGCUCGGCCCUCGCCCGCCGCGCGGCCCCGCUGCCGCACCCCGCCAAGGCCAAGACCCCGCCGGGCGGCGUGUACGCCCGCCUGGAGGCGGAGUGGCGCGAGCGGCACGGCCAGCAGCGGCCGAGGAACGCCGUCUCCGCGCGCCCGCGCAGCAACAAGUUCAAAUAGCACGCGCGCACUACAAUACAUUGUACUUUGUGUUA